CAAACUGUGAAGCGCAGAGUCGUAACCCUAAAGUCUGAGCCACUCAGUGGCACACCCUCCUUCCUUUUUUCCGCAAAAUAUCCCAAUCUCUUCUCUUCUGUCUUCUCCCUCCAUCGAACCUCUCAUUUCUUUUCGUCACUGUAAAAUCCUCCAAGCGUAACCACUCUCUCUCCCAAACACCGCAGCUCAAUGGCGGAGGAAGAAGUUGUUGCACCUUCUGCCAGCCCUCUUCCCUCCGAUUGCAAACGCAAGUUCGAAGAUCUCGAUUCUGAGCCUACCGAAUCUAAUCCCAAAUCCAACCCUGACGAUAACAACGCCGAUGCCGCGGUUUACGACGAAGGCGACAACAAGCGCCCUCGCCUUGACGACGACCUAGCUAGUGCAAAUGCAAAUGGGCAUCAGGAGGAGCAGUCUCACAAGCCUGCGGAAGAAACAGUGGAAAGAGUUGAUUUAGAGAGUGCUGUUACAGAGGAUGGUGAACCUGCUGAGCCCAAGAAUGAUUCAGAGACGACUGCAAAUGAACAAGGUUCUGGUGAAGUUGCCGAGCCAGCUGAGUCGCGGGAUGAGCCAGCUGAGGGCCAGGAGGUGCCUGCUGAGGAUGCACAUGAAAAGGCAGAGGGACCUCCUAAAGAAACUGAAGAACCGGCUAAGGAUUCAGCCGAGCAAGACGCUACCGCUGGGGAUAAGGAACCGGAUUCAGUUGACAAUGCUUCAGAGAAUGUGGAGAUUCCCUCUGAUAAGCAAGAUGCUUCUCCUGGCCGAAAUCAACUUACAUCUGCCACUGAGACCACAACCCGGAGAAUUGAUGUUCCUAACAAUAAGGUUGGCGUACUUAUUGGAAAGGCUGGAGAUACAAUAAAAUACCUGCAAUAUAAUUCUGGUGCCAAGAUUCAGAUCACUAGGGAUGCUGAUGCAGAUCCUCAAGCUGCAACUAGGUCUGUGGAACUGAUAGGAAGUUCGGAAAGUAUAGAUAAAGCAGAAAAGCUGAUAAGUGCUGUGAUUGCGGAGGCAGAUGCUGGGGGGUCUCCUGCCCUUGUAGCUCGCGGCCUUUCUCCUGCUCAAGCUACUAUGGGGUCUGAACAAAUUCAGUUACAAGUUCCAAAUGAAAAGGUGGGUUUAAUCAUAGGGAGAGGUGGGGAAACAAUUAAAGGUCUGCAAACGAAAUCUGGGGCACGCAUCCAGGUAUUGAUACCUCAACAUCUUCCAGAAGGAGAUGAUUCUAAAGAAAGGACUGUCCAAGUCACUGGGGAUAGGAGACAAAUUGAAAUUGCUCAAGAAUUGAUAAAAGAAGUCAUGAGUCAGCCUGUCAGGGCAUCAACUGGUGGUUAUGGGCAGCAGGGCUAUCGUCCACCCCGUGGAUCUGGUGGCCAUCCCCAGUGGGGGCAACGAGGUUCUCAUUUUGGCCACCCAACAGCAUAUGAUUAUCAGCAUCGUGGUCCAUAUCCUUCUCAUAAUCAAUCUUAUCCUCCUGCACCGUAUGGAAAUUAUCCUCAACAUAUGGCCCCUAGGAGUGGCUAUGGUUCUGGUUGGGAGCAAAGGCCUCACCAUGGCAUGCAGGGGCCACCCCCACACAACGGUGGUUACGAGUAUUAUGGAGGGCAAGGGGGUCAUAUUGAUGCUCCUCCAUCCUCCCAGCACCCUGGUUCUGUCCCUCCGCAUGGUGCUGGUCCUUCCCCUGUACCUUCUAUGGGCCCAUCCCCAGCACAAGCAAAUUAUAAUUAUGGACAGCCGCAAACCCAUGAUUAUGGUCAUCAGCCACCUUAUGCACAGGCAGGGCUUCCUCAACAAGGUUAUGGACAAGGAUAUGAUGAUUCCAAGUUUGAAAAUCGUGCUCCUUCCCAGCAUCCCUAUGGAGGACACAUGAACACUCAACCAGCCUACCCUCAGGCUGGGGCUCAACCUAGUUAUGGUGCACCGCAGCAGUAUGGCAAGCCACCAUUAUAUGGCAUGCCACCACAGGGGCAGCCUCCUCAAUCUUAUGGUCAUCCUAGAGCUGCUCAACCAGGGGAUAUGCCAUAUCAGGGCUCUACUCCUGCCCAAUCAUAUGGCGCAAAUAUGCCAACGCAACAGCCAUAUCCGUAUGCAUCCUCUGGGCCAAAUCAAGCAUCAUAUCCUUCUUAUGGGUCUGCUCCAGCUGCAGAUAACUAUAGCCACCCUCCGCCUGCAUCUGGCCCAGUUUAUGCUCCACCCACUGUACAACCUGGUUAUGGUCAGCCGGUUUCCCAGCCAGCUGCAAGUUAUGCGCAAGUUGCUCCUAGUGGUUAUGGGUCGUACCCUUCUGCACAGCAAGCUUACCCUGACCAGCAGGCUCCUAACAACAAUGCAGGUUAUGGCUACCAAGCACCCCAAGAUCCUGCUUAUGCCAGUGGCACUGCAACCACGUAUAGUGCAGCACCAAGUGGUCAGCCAGGUUAUGUUCAACCUGCACCAACUCAGAUUGGCUAUGAGCAGUCUAAUCCUCAGUCUGCUGGUUAUGCGGCUGUACAAGCGAGUGCUCCCGCCGCAUAUGGCAAGACAUUGUCCCCUCAGCCCACUUAUCAGUAUGACUCCACCCAAGUGUAUGGUGCACCGCGAUGAUUAUUUUUGUAGUGACUACAUUAUUAUAGUGUUAGAUGCUGUAGUUGAUGUCUUAGUGUAACUUUCCAUUUGUUGUAAUCUGUACCGCAUCAUAAUAUGAACAUGACAAAAUCUAAUUUUAAGUUGGUGCGUUGAAUACUUCCGUUUA